AUGGAGAAAACAAAACAAAAGUGGAAUGUAGGGAUCAAUAAGACACUUGCAUACAGAGCUAAGUCAAUUGCAGUUGACAUUGUAGAUGGUUCUUUUAGGGAUCAAUAUACAAGAAUCCAUGAUUAUGGACAUGAGCUUUUAAGGUCCAACCCUGGUUCAACUGUGGUUAUUAGUAGUCAACCUUGCCAACCAAGUCAAGGUGGAGAGGACAACACUGAGAAUAUUGAUAGGCCUUUGAAUCCACACUUCCAAAGGAUGUAUAUCUGCUUCAAAGCUUGCAAGGACAGUUUCUUCAAGUGUAGACCUAUUAUAGGUUUGGAUGGAUGUUUUUUUAAAGGCUACUAUGGGGGACAAAUCCUUGCAGCAAUUGGGAGGGAUCCUAAUGAUCAAAUGCUGCCCAUAGCAUAUGCUGGUUUGUUACCUGCACUUGAAGAGUUGCUACCAGGAGUUGAUCAAAGGUUUUGUGUUAGGCACUUAUAUAGCAAUUUCAAGAAGAAGUUUCCUGGUGUCAAAUUAAAGGAGUUAAUGUGGAAGGCUGCCUAUGCAAGUCAUCCAAAUGCUUGGGAGAAAAUUAUGAGACAGAUUAAAGUUGAGAAUCCAGAUGCCUUUAAUCACAUUUGGAAGAUCCCACCUAGGUUCUGGAGUAAAUCAAUGUUUAAAAGUGGUCCAAAAUGUGACACUUUGGUGAAUAAUAUGUCUGAAGCAUUUAACUCUGUCUUUGUAACUGCAAGAGCCAAGCCCAUUGUGACUAUGCUUGAAGAGAUUAGGGUGUAUCUGAUGAUGAGAUGGGAGUCUAACAGGAAAAGGAUUGUAAAAUAUAAUGAUACUAUUCUGCCCAAUAUCAGAAAGCAGUUGGCAAAACAAUCUCAGCUGACUAACUAUUGGAUGGUUAGGCGUGCAGGUGAGGUAGAAUAUGAGGUUAGGCACAUAACAAUCAUAGAAGAAAAGUAUUCUGUGAAUCUGUCAAAGCAUGAAUGUUCAUGUAGAAUAUGGAUGCUGACUGGGCUACCAUGCUGUCAUGCAUAUGCAUGUUUGAAUGAUCAACGAUUAGAAGUAGAUCAUUUUGUUCCUGAUUAUUACAAAAAGGAGUGCUAUGAAGCAUGCUAUACUCCUGUGAUACAUCCGGCCAAUGGAGCUACUCUUUGGACCAAGACAGAUGCUGUUGACCUACAACCACCUCCUAUAAAAAGACAACCUGGUAGACCCAAAAAGAAAAGGAACAAAGAGGCUGGGGAACAAGUAAGAAGUGCAACACAGCUUAAAAGGGCAAAGUUUGGUAUCAAGUGUAGUAGGUGCAAUAAAGAUGGCCACAACAAGGCCACUUGCAAGUUGCCACCAACUGUGACUACUACUACUGCUCCAUCAAGCCAACAAAAUGAGACCACUGCUCCAUCAAGCCAACAACCAACAACAAAUGUUUCUUCUGCUGCACCAACAACAACUGUUUCUUCUGCUGCACCAACAACAACAACUGUUUCUUCUGCUACACCAACUGCAAGCUCAUCUCAGCAACCACCCAAAAAGAAAAAGAGACUUCAAAAGGGUCCCAAAAAGCAAGUUGCAAGUCAGCCCUAA